UCCAUAGAGCAAUGGUCUUCAGCAGGUUUAGACCUCUGAGAGAUGAGAGGUCACCAUUGUCCAAACCCAAGGGUAUCCACCAUGAAUGAACCAGCUUGUAGUGGAAAUGGGCAAGACUUUGAUGUAUUUAGUGUAAUGGACUGGAAGGACGGAAUUGGUACCUUGCCUGGAAGUGAUUUGAAGUUUUGUGUGAAUGAAUUUGGAGCUCUAGAAGUAAUCACUGAUGUAACAGAGAUGGAAAGUGUUAAGAAGGCUACAGCUACCACAACUUGGAUGGUGCCAACUGUCCAAGAAGAAAAGAAUAUUGAAGGAAAGCAAGUAGGCAACAGUAAAAUGUUUGGAUUCAGUAAUACUAUGGUAUCUUUGCUGAUUUCAUAA